AAAUAAACAUAUUUUAAAAAUCAAUAAAGGAUAGAUUGGUAAAUAAUUGUUGACUUAAAAAGAUUCUACUUGUAAAUAUGUGUACCUAUUCUAAUUUAUUAAGGUGAUAAGCACAAUAGGAACAGCCCUAGUCUACUGGUAUUUGUAAAACGAAUUGCAUAACAUUUGCAAGAGAAUUAAAGUUUUUUAAAAAAGCGCUAAAAGCAUUUUUUUUAGAAUAAUUUAUAUAUUAUCUUGAUCAAAUAUGUAUUGAAACAUUAACAAUGCAUAUUCUCAGACUUGUAUUAUUAAUAAAAUGUAUCAUAGUAGUUUCACCUUCUUCAAAAUGGAUAUUAGAAUUGGGAGAUAAUUUUAUCGACGUUCGAAAAGACGGUGGGUAUUGGCUUGUAAAAUUUUACACUCCUUGGUGUGGUCAUUGUAAAAGACUCGAACCUAUUUGGGCUCACGUAGUUCAAGCCCUAAAAAAUACUCAUAUUAGAGUGGGAAAAGUUGAUUGUACAAUAUUUCCAAAUGUAGGAAAAUCCUUUGAUAUUACUACUUAUCCCACAAUUAAACUUAUAAAAGCUGAAGAGGAUUUUACUUUUGAAGGAGAGAAAAUAACAGAUGAGAUAAUAAACUUUGCUAUUAGAUUAGCUGGACCGCCUGUACAACAAGUAACACGACCUGAGAGUCUUAUCAAUAUAAAAAAUAUGAACCAACUGUUUUUCAUGUAUGUGGGCGAACGAGAUGGGCUUUUGUGGAACACAUUUUAUGAUGUGGCCUCUAAGUUUCAGGCCCAUGCGUUUUACUAUUCAGCCACUGAGGAAAUUGCCAACAAACACGUAGAUAUUCACACCCUUCCUGCAGUAUUUGUUCACAAGGAGAAUUCACAUUAUUUUUAUUCAGUUGGAGAAGGUAAUAAUCAAAUUGAAGCUGACCACAUAAAUUCUUCAAUGCACAAAUGGAUUAAUGAAGAACGAUUCGAAACGUUUCCAAAAAUUACAGAGACCAACAUUAACGAAAUUCUACGAACUGAAAAAUUUAUUGUUCUCGUCGUAGUAGAAGAAAACAAACUACUGCAGAUACCAAAAGACAUGCUCGAUUUUCGAAACCUCGUUGAAAGCAUAGCGAGGAAAAACCGCGAUAAAUAUCACGACACUUUUCAAUUCGGCUGGAGCACUAGUCAUGAAUUAGCUAAUAAUAUAGUCAUGCAGAUUGUUGCUUUACCAUAUUUAAUCGUUUUAAAUUCAACUACAUUGCAUCAUCAUGUUCCUGAAGAUGAUCCUACUGAAAUGACUGUCGAUGCUAUAGAAUUAUUUUUGGAGAAGGUGAUUAAUCAAACAGCAACAAUAUACGGCGGUAAUGACUUGGCUGUAAGAAUGUACAGAUCUUAUUUUAAAGCGAGGACUACCUUAUCCGAUAGAUGGCGUGGCAAUCCAGUAUUGACAACAGUUUUGCUUGGAUUACCUCUUGGUUUUCUUUCGUUUAUACUGUAUUCUUGCUGCUGUGCUAAUAUUCUAGAUGCAGAUGAAGACGAGGAAGAAGAGUUACUCCACGAGAAGAAAGAUUAAAUAAUUUAUAGUAGGU